GAAAACUACUUUCUAUGAAUCAUUCUGUCUUUCUUUUACUGCCGCUCUCUUUCUUUUGAAAGUUACAUUCGUAAAGUACAAGUGCAGUAUAUAUUUCUCGAAAUUUAAGCGCAUGAUUUGCAAUAGAGCUUUCCGAAAGGUGCUGGUCACCUUUUUCUUAUUAGCUUCUCUCAUAGCCAUCAUCAUACCCACGUGGAAGAUAUACUCUAAAGAUGGACAAGAGACUACGCUGAUAGCUUACAAUGCACCAAAUAUACACGGCGAAUCAUUGUAUAUUUCAGCAACUGUCCUUGAUGUCGACUUUGCCCUCAAGACAUACCGGUUGCACUGUUUAAUAAAGCCUAACGGCACCCUUGCGAACGAAUAUGGACAACUCAAUCGACCUAUCUAUAUCUCAUUUUCAACACUAGCGUCCUAUCAUAUUGGCGCUGGCGAUGCCAACAAUCCUAUCAAUGCCAUGUUCAGCUAUCAUCUAGGCGACAACAUCGACUACCCGUUUGAUCAUUAUUCCGGCACAUUUGAAGUAUACGCCAGCUACGCCAACGAUACAGCACAUACCAUCCCUAUCACGUUCCAUCUCAAAGCUAGUUUGACAUCAUUUGCAUUCAAGCCUACACUGGUGGAUCCAGAACCUAAUGAAUCAGAUCGAGUCAGCUUACAGAUUGAAACUGGAAGAUCACCAACAACGGUGGGAUUCAGCAUAUUCACAUGUGUAUUGAUGUGGGCUUUGUCGCUGGUGUUGACCUUGUUUGCAUACCAAGUGAUUAUACAACGAAGGAAGGUGGAUGCUCAUGCGUGUAUGGUCGGUGUCUCCAUGCUGUUUGCUAUGCCAGCAUUGCGGUCGGCACAACCAGGCGCACCCGAAAUCGGCUGCACUUCUGAUAUCUUGAGUUUUUACUGGAACAUGGCCAUAAUAGCAAUCGACAGUAUUGCCAUAAUUAUCUGCUGGGUCGUCCGCUGGUCGGGUAACAAUGACUCUCCACACAACAAUUUAUCAACAAGGCAUGAUAGCGAUGCAAGCGAUACCUCCAAAGACAUCCAACACAUUGAACGACUCAACUCCAUUAAUACAGCCAUUGUCUGA